CAAAAAUUUGUAAACAAAUCACGUUGAGAGGUUAAAAGUAGAUUUUUCAUGAAAAGUAUGUUUUUUCCGUGGAAAUUGGUGUGUUGUUAGUAAUUUUUAAGAGAACAUUGUGCUAAAAUGGCUGAAGAUAUAAGUGUAACGUUUAUUAUACCGAAAGAUUGCCGAUCUGAAAAUGAAUGUUCUGAAGACAUGCAACUUGCCUUUCUCACUUGUGAACAGCACUGUGGUGGUGGUUUGAGAGCACAAUGGGUGCAUGAGAGCAAAUGGACAAAGUUUGAAGGGCUCACUAAGAGAGAUGUGUUUGUUCUGACAGAGUUUGAGGGAGAAUUCUAUGAGAGGCUGCAGGGUACUAAGUGCUUAUUGGUAGGUCCUCGUUGCUUAUCAUGCUGCCUGACAGAAGGUACUCCCAUACCUUCAGGACCGGAGCCUGUAUACACGAUAGCCAUGAGAGGUCUAACUAUUACUGCUAGUGGAUUGUCUAAGACACAGAAGGAAGAAAUAAAGAGAAAAGUGCAUUGGAUGGGUGGUAUCUACAGCACUGUACUAACAGAUGACACUACACACUUGAUAUCCGACACAGUGCUCUCAGAUAAGUAUAUUAAAUCAGUUGAAAAAGGGAUCCCUAUAAUGGCAGUAACAUGGAUCCAAGCUGUAUGGGAGGCGUCCCUCCAGCUGAACAUCAGUGCUUCCUCUUCAGAGUUCCUCGGCCACCGUCUGCCACCAUUCACAAACCUUCAGGUCACAACAUCAGGCAUCCCGAAGAAGGAUAAGCAGUUAAUUAUGAAGCUGGUUAAUGAGCAUGGUGGACAGUUCUCAGGGGCGUUCCAGAGUGAGACUACUGAUAUUGUUGUGUUGACCAAGGAAGGUGUAGGCAGUGAGAAAUACAAAGCUGCCCUAGAAUACGGUAAGGCGGUUGUACUACCGUCGUGGGUGAAAGAUUCAGCGGCCAAAGGAGUAGCGUUGCCCCUGGCGAAGUAUAGAGUGGCCGGCGCAUCCACAUCGUCACCUCUCGCUGAAUCCCGGCUGCCUGAUAUGAGUUUAAACUUCUCUCGUAUCACCAAUGUGAGGCCGCCGAGCAAUUUUGUAGAUGAAACGCGGUCGGCGGAUGCAACUAUGUUAUCUGGUAAAAUGAAGUUCACACAAGACACGAAGAAGAGUGAUACUUCCAUAGACAAGGAAAUAGUGACGGCGUUCGAAACUUUCGACAUGAAUCUCAUCAAGAAGGCUGGACCUAUCUUCGAUGGAUUCUGUAUCUGGGUGUGCGGUCUGGAGGGCGUCCCCCGCGAGCGCGCGCUGGGCGUGGUGUCCCGCGGCGGCGCCGUGCGGUACGACGCGCCACACCCGCGCCUCACGCACGUGCUGGCGCCGCGCGCCGCCGCGCCCGCCGCGCGCGCCGCCGCGCCCGCCGUGCCUGUACUCUCCCCGCUGUGGCUGCUCAGGAGCGUCGAGGCUGGACGCGCGCUGGAUGAGGCACAGUUCCUAAUAGAAGACAAACCAAGUACACCAGCGAAGUCCAGCGCCCGCAAGCCCCGCGUAGAGCCCGCGUCGCCUAUGAGCAAACGUAACCUCGCGCUACUACGCCGGGGACCACUAGACCUGCCGCCACCCAUGCCAGAAGUAGAAGAGCCUCAAGAUGAACUUGUUAAUCAUUAUCUUAGCCAACAAAUAGAACCAGAAAGAGAGAAGACUCCAGAGCCAGUUCAUCAGGAGACGGCUCCACCUGUAGCACUAGUAUGUCAGCCUGACAUCACCGACGAUGUGGCAGAGGAUCCCACUGAGGAGAUCGAACAGAUAUUUAGAGGUAUAAAAAUAGAAGUGCAAGGUUUAGACGAGGAAGCUCUAUGUGAGCUAGGAGCAGAAGUGUCGGCGGCCGGCGGAGUACUGGCGGGGCCGGGCGCCGGGGCCAUGUAUGUACUCGUACCACUCGACUUUGAACUACACGAGUUGGUCACCAAGGACGCUGAGGCCGUCACUGUGUUUUGGAUUAAAGACUGUCUGUCCCAACAAGAGUUGGUCCCGAUCCAGUACUACCACCGGCCGGUCCGCGUCCCGUCGUGGGCGGGCGCGGGCCCGCUGGCCGGGGUCGUCGCCAGCCUCAGCACCUACAGCGGGGUCGAACGAGCAUUCCUUGACGAACUCGCCAAACUACUGGGUGCUACCACACAACUCCGUUUCUGCCGCCGCAACACAGCCAACGCGCUAGCAUCCACUCAUCUAAUAUGUCCGACCCCCACCGGGGACAAAUACUUGGGGGCAUUGAAGUGGGGACUGCCGGCAGUGAGGGGAGAGUGGCUAUUGGACUGUGCCAGGGAGGGGACGAGGGUCAGUGAGAGGGAGUAUCUUGUCGGAGAUACUAAAGCGCCACCUUCGCCCCAACCAGAAGUAGUAGAAGAAGAACAACAACCAUUAGAACCCGAGCCGGUCCCAGAGCCUGAACAAAUGGAAGUACAAGUGACGGUAACAGACAAGGAGAACGCUAUGUUACCACCUUUAGCCCCCGCCAUACCGCGACGGGGUUCUAUUCCAAGUAGGGACCAGACCCCUAAUAGAAAGGAUGGGGACGAGAUGUCCCCAGCGUCGCGUUACAUAGCGAUGGCUCGACAGGGCCUGCUUGGAUGUGACUCGCAGGAGACGCCCAAACGAGUGGCUGACCUCAAAGAUGAUGCUAGACAAGGUGGUGAAUGCGGAGUUAGGACUCCUCCCUUAGAGGAUGCGCUAUCGACUCCCAACCUGGCCGCGUUGAGUCCCACCACUCGACGUCGGCUACAAGCUGUACGUAGGGGGGAGAUGCCAUCCGACCCUAUACGGACUCCUACUGAUCCUUUCGAAAAAAACGCCCAAACUCCGGACAGUGCGUUCGGCGCGGCGCUCCGUCCCGGUUCCGGCCGUAUGUCGCCGGAGGCACGAAAGCGACUGUGGAAGUUUGUUGACGGACUACCUAGCAAACAGACUGAACCGGCGCCACGGGAUAAACAUACGCCGUUAUCGGAGAUCCGCAAUAGAUUUUUAGCGCAGUUCAACGGAGAUGCGCCUACGCCGCCUUCAGAACAUCCUACUGUAGCACCUAGAAAACUUCAAUUACAGGAACAAUGCGAGACUCCACCUGCGAAAAUGGCGAAAUUAACACAAGACCAGAGUCCAGGCGGUAUAGUAAGUGCGAGUACAAUGUCAGUGGCCCCCCCUCCGGCCGCGGCCCCGUCCCCCCUGCCGGCGGCGGUGGACGCGCAGCUGCAGCGCCUGAGCGCGGCGCUGACUGGCCGCCACAGCUCGCAGCGCCCGCGGAGACAUAGAGACUCCACGCCCACUGUACCUGCGCCACUUCCCGACUCAGAGCCGGCACCAGAAUCUCAGCCAAAUACAGUAGGAUGGGACGAUACGACGCCCGCUCAACAAGCCGAGCCUGAACUACAAGCGGCGCCUGUCAAACGGUUCAUGCUCUCUUCUAACGUUGAUAAUCGAGAAGAAAUAAUAGCGAUGAUAACCCACCUGGGCGGCGAAGUAUGCGAGGGCGCGGAGCUGGACCCCGAGGCGAGCCACCUGCUAUGCGCGGCGCCGGGCCGCAGCGAGAAGAUGCUCGGCUCCGUGGCCGCCGGCCGCUGGGUGCUGCAUCCGGUCUAUGUCGCCAAGAGCCGCGCGGCGGGACUAUUCUUACCGGAAGAAGAAUACGAAUGGGGCAAUCCCCUAGCGACCUGCCUCCCUCCCCUGUCGGGCGCGGAGCGUACCUUGUCGCGCGCGGCGCACCGCUGGCGCAGCGCGCGCGCGGCGGGGCGGGCGGGGCCCUUCGCGGGCGUCGUGGCGCUACUGCACGUGCCGCCGCCGCGCAGGAGGCUGCUGGCCAGGCUCGUUACGGCAGGGGACGGACAGGCGCCCGAUGACGAGCCGCCCUACACGAAUGAAAACAUCACAGUUUGCUUCGCGGAUAUCAAACGCUAUCCCUUAUCAGACAGAGAUAGUGCGUGGCUGAUAUCUAAGAGAAUACCAGUAUGUGCGCCCGUACUACUUAGCUCAUACCUCACUGAUGAUCCACCACCGAAGCCUGAAGACCACUGCCUACCCGACUUUAGACCCUAACAUUUAAGAAAUAGGGAUGUUUCCAGCUUAUGCCAGGUAUACCUUCUAUUUCAAAAAGAAUUGCUCUUCCGAAGUACUAACGUAUUGGAAUUUCGAUCCUGUAUGUAUAAAACAUAAAGCCUAUUUUUGCUUGAAGCAGAUAUGUCUGAAUUUCGUAAAGAAGAUCCCCUCUUAGUGGCAGUUGCAUUUUAAACCUUAUCAAUUUGAAGUUUGAGUUCUUUAUUGCGAACUCUAGUGGACAGAGAAUCUUAGAGCCUUUUUUGCUUGAAGCUGGUAUUUUAAUACAUAAAAACCGUCUCAUCUAAAUAUAAAUCGAUGCCUUAGUUCACAAUUGCACUAACUACAAAAUUUUCAAUUUUUACUUUUUUAAUGCCAAAUACACUAAAUUUCAUGCUCUUUCGUUUCCGCGCAUCGAAAUACCGUUAUUCCGUCUCUUUCUACCAAAAACGUGGGUCACAGUUGUAUUAAAUGACCUCGUCUAAUGUUUCUUAUAUGUGGUAUUAUACUAAUGAUCUUUAUUUUUGUAAAACCAAUCAAGAUAUACUUUAACUGAUUUUAAGUUUCUCAACUGUAGGAAAUUUCAAAACACAAACGUAUUAUAUACAUUUGCAAUAUCUGCUCAUACUUUUUAGCAGUGCUACAAGAGUGAAUUAUGUGUUGUUAGUACAAAAGGAUCAAGAAAGUUUGAUGCACAAGUGUGCUAAGUACUUUUAUUGGAAGGGGCUUGGCAAUUUUUUAAAUGCAUAAAUACAUUAAACCGUUUUGAGAUAUAGUCCGAAUUGUACAAGUGUAUUAAGUACUUUUACUUGAAGGGGUUUGACAAAUUUUGAAGUGCACAAAUACAUUUAAUCCUUUUGAGAUAAUAUAUUACCAGUGUACAUGUGAAAUAAAUGAAAAGCGGAAAUAAACUAAGCCCAUUUAAUUUAAUGUUUAUUUCGUAGUGUGAAUACUGAAGCGUAUUACCUACAUUUAAGACAUUUGUGUUUUAAAGAUUGAUUUUGGCGCGUAAUUUUCAAUGAGCAGCGCAGUCAUGGUUCGUUCGUUCGUACGGGAUUGCGUGCGGGGUAGCGGGGCGUAGGCCCUCCGCUUCCCCGCUUGACCGCGUCGUCCAGCGUAUGCCACAAACGUAAACAAGUUUAUACGUGCAGACUGCAGAAUAUUCGUUUGCUCUGCGGAAAGUGAGAUAAUUUAGACGUUUGAAGGUUUAAGAAGUUUACUGUGUAUAAGUUAAAUGCCAUAAUGUUUAGUAAAGGACGUAAACUAGUCGAUUUAGUGAUUCAAACUGAUAUAAACAAGACGGACUCGCAAGACGUGCCACCAUCAGUGUCCGGCCAAAAAGCAGAAGUGAAGAGUUCAUCACAUAAAAUAGCCAAAAGUAAGUAAAAUAAGUGUUACAUUAAUUAAUUAACUUGUCAUUCGUUUUUAAAUAACUUACGGCUACCUAUCAUCGCCUUUGAAUAUCGUACCCUAAACACCAUAAUGAUUAUUAACAUGAGUGACAGUUUAAUCUUUUGAGGGAUGGUAUAAAUAAAAGACAGGGCAUCAAGUGUAGCUUAAUAUUAUUGAGACCGUCCGUAUGCAAGUGUUAUAGGUAUAGUAGUCGUCACUAGUCGUGAGUACAAAAUGUCAAGUUUAUUUUUUGAUUUUUGGGUUCUUUUUUAGGUUUAUUUGAUUAGUCCGUCUGUAGGAUCGGUUGCGUGGAGCGUUUGAUCGCGAUGUUUGUGCUCACGACUUGUGACGACGUUGGCAAUUCACGUACUUUUGCGAUACGUUGUAGUUUAAAUUAUUUAUUACUUACGUCUUAUUCUGAAAUAAAUCUGCCCCUGAGGCUACCCACUGACCUAAUAAUUAUUAAACGCUAAACAAAUUAUUAAGAUCUUUCGUACCUUAUUUUUGUAUAUUUAUUAAUAUGCGUAGUUUAUUAAGACUACAAUUCUAUUAUUAGCAAAUAACUAUUCAACCAUAUAAGUAGUCAGUCAUAUUAAACGUAUUUAAUACUUUUGUGCAUUAAACCAUAUAUUCUCAGAGAGAAAACUAAAGGCACUUAAUGUGUUUGUGCAUAACCAUAAGUGCUGUUAAUACAUAAGAUUACUGUUCAUCUUGCUAACGUGAUGGAAUGUAAAAUAAUAAUUAUAAUUCAUUAAAUUAAAAAUAUAGCAUUGUUGUUAAUCACACGUGAAGAGUGCGCGUGUGUGUGUAUAACACACAAUUAUUAUUAGAGCUCCCCUUUCAUUUGAAACUUAGGAAUCUAAUAAAAAAAUCCACGAAUAGUUAAAAUGCGAAUUAAGGAAGCGCGAAUAAGGAGUUUUUACUGUAGGUACUGCUGUGUGUUAAUUUCUUCAGAUUACUGGCA